UACAUAUUUUCAACUAGUCUACGUCUAGGGUUUCGCCACUUCCUCCAUAAACAAGAACAAAGAGAGAGAAGCGGAAAAGCGGAGAAGAAAGAUGGUGAAGUUCUUGAAACCAAACAAAGCGGUUAUCGUGCUGCAAGGCCGAUAUGCGGGUCGGAAAGCCGUCAUAAUACGCGCCUUCGACGAUGGCACCCGCGACCGCCCCUACGGCCACUGCCUCGUCGCCGGGAUCAAGAAGUACCCUUCCAAGGUUGUGAAGAGGGACUCCGCCAAGAAGACGGCGAAGAAGUCGCGCGUCAAGGCGUUCGUUAAGAUGGUUAACUACCAACACGUGAUGCCCACGCGCUACACGCUUGACGUGGAUUUGAAGGACGCCGUCACAGUCGAGUCUCUUCAGGCGAAGGACAAGAAGGUUGCGGCGCUUAAAGAGACCAAGAAGAGGCUCGAGGAGAGGUUCAAGACUGGCAAAAAUCGUUGGUUCUUCACCAAGCUCAGAUUCUAAGCAUUUCAAAAAACGGUGUCGUUUUCCAUUUUACUUAUCUCUGAGAAUUUCUUACUAUUAGUUUUGGGAAUUUUUGUGCUGUGAGCUUAUUCAGGAUCUGUUUGGAUUUUAAUAGUUUCAUUUUUUAUAUUAUGUUUUCCAAAGGAUGUGUUUCAUCAAAUUCUACAUUUUGGGUCAUAUGCUAGUAGAUAACUGUGCCUAUUGUCUGUUGAAUCUAAUUUGUCUUAAGUAUCUAAUUUAGUUUAAUCUGAUAAAAAUAGCAUAGUAAUAAAUUGAGUAAACGUGUCACUGAUUUUGUUAAUAUUAA